UCCUCUCUGUGCAACACGUUUCCAAUGGCACACCUUUCUCUUUCCUCUCUCUCCUCUGCUUCCUAUUCACCUUCUUGUCCGCUAAUUCACCGGCGAAUCUUCGCGGUUGCUUCUAGAAUCCAAGCUUCUUCUUCUUCUUCAUCAAUCUCCAAUUCGAAUUCGACCCCCAAAGUCGUCGUGACCAGAGAGCGAGGCAAGAAUGGCAAGCUCAUCAGCUCUCUGGCCAAGCAGGGAAUCAGCUGUUUGGAGCUUCCCCUCAUUCAGCAUACACGGGGGCCUGAUCUGGAGAGACUUCCUACUGUAUUAAGCGCAGAUACUACAUUUGACUGGAUUGUCAUAACUUCUCCUGAAGCGGGUUCAGUCUUCUUAGAGGCAUGGAAGGCAGCUGGAACUCCAAAUGUUAAGGUAGGUGUUGUGGGGGCUGGUACAGCAAGCAUUUUUGAGGAAGUAAUACAGUCAUCAAAACGAUCCCUCAAUGUUGCCUUUGUGCCAUCAAAAGCAACAGGCAAGGUUUUGGCUUCAGAGCUUCCUAAGAAUGGGAAUAAAAAGUGCACUGUUUUAUAUCCUGCUUCUGCAAAGGCCAGCAAUGAGAUUGAGGAAGGCCUGUCCAAUCGUGGAUUUGAGGUGACGAGGUUAAAUACGUACACAACGGCCCCUGUUCAUAAUGUCGAUCAAAUGGUUUUGAAGCUGGCACUUUCAGCCCCUGUCGUUGCAGUUGCUUCUCCUUCUGCCAUUCGUGCCUGGGUCAAUCUUAUUUCAGAGUUAGAGCAAUGGAACAAUUCAGUUGCCUGUAUUGGUGAGACAACUGCUAAGGCUGCUAAGAAAUUAGGCUUGAGAAAUGUUUACUACCCAGCAAACCCAGGUCUUGAAGGAUGGGUGGGUAGCAUCAUUGAAGCGUUGCAAGCAAAUGUCUGUCUGUAAACUUUAGAUUACAUGAACAGUGCGUCUCCAGUUUUCUCCCAGGCCCAUGAAGGCUGACAAGGAGAUGGUGUAGAAUUGAGGCAGCACGAAGAACAAACACACGGAUAGCGAAAUUUCACAAUUUCUGCAUAAACCAGCUGCAAAGCAACUAUUUAAUAUUCUGCAAGCAGCAGGACAGAAAGCUUCCUCUAAGCGGCCUGUGAAGAGGCUGUUGGGAUCAAAUGUGGAAGAGAAAGCUUGUUCUCUUAGAUGUAUAAUUCGUUAUUUAGAUAAAAGGUAGGGAAUUCUUUUCUCUAGCUUUGUACAUUUUUUAUUAUUCUUAUAGUGAAAGCUCAUUUUAUGAGAGUUCUUUUCAUUUUCAUCUUAUGUCACACACUUUAACAGCCGUAACGAUGCUGAUGAAUGAAGGAUAGAUUAGAGUGAUUUAUAACUA